AUGGGGGCCCCUUUAAACCUGCUUUAUUACCCGUUUCAGAUGAGGCUCAGUGUGCAGCGAGUCCAGCCGACAGAACCGAUUGCGGAUACCCAGGAAUUAAUGCCAGCGAGUGCUAUUCCAGAGGAUGCUGCUUUAACUCCACUAUUCGCAGGGUUAAAUGGUGCUUCUUCCCAAAACAACUCGGUAAGUUAUUGCAUCACAUAG